UCUGUGAGAUUUUUGCUGUGAACUCACUCCUAGUGCAGCCCCGACGUUCUGGCCCUCUUUUUGUUGUUCACACAAGUCUUGGAGUGGUGGAGCCAAAUCCGCAGUUUCAUUGAGUGAAGUCGAAACCCCCAGAAAGUGGUGCACAUAACAAUUAUUGGACAUAGAGUGCAGUGUUGAGUUGACUUUGCGGGCAUCAGUGAAUUGAAGGCUUCCCGUCCUCGGAUUACAAUCAGGCCUGAUUAGAGAUAUUAAAUCGAAGUCAUGAAUCGCAUCACUGUCGGAUUCGGUGUGCUGGUGACAAUGCUCCUCCUCACAGAGGCCUAUCCAAUAUUUGGGACGAAGCGCUACCAUCGCGCCAGCAGUAUUCCACUGCAGCUCAGUCCCAUUCCCAUCUACACAGCUGUGCCCCAGUAUUACGACUACAGUCCCUACGAGGCGCAGUACCAGGCCUUCGGACUCCCCAUCUACCAUGGAGAGUACAAGCCUACGCAGUACUACUACGCCCAGGGUCCGAGCUACAGCUACUACGACGACCGCGGCGACGACACACCCAAUCCCAUGGACCAUCUGCACGAGGAAAUGCUCCAGGAGGAGGAGCGAGACCGCUUCCACGAGAACAGCCUGCCCAUCGGCCAGGAGACAUGGUAUGCCGAACCAGCUGGCCGACAAGACUCCCUUGCGAAUGCCAAUGCGGCCUUCCUCAGGAACCUGAUCGCCUACAAUCGCCAGAUAAAUGCAGCGGCAGAUCAACCAGAGGAGGGCGAAUUUGAGGAGUACAGCGAAUUCAGCGAUGGCGGUGGAUAUUUCGAUUCUCCACAGAUGGAAACGUACAAUUACAAUCCCUACGAAGCCUCACAGAGGCAGAAUGCGCGAGAAGAUGAGGAUGACGACGUGCAGGAGCUGAAGCAUCUGGCUUACGAAAAGGAACACAGUAAUCCUCAGACGACCAUCCACAAGUCUGCUCCUAAACACCAGCCAGCUGUUCAAGACACUUGGAAUCGUGGAAAUGACGCAUCAUUCCAUCAGUACGAGCCCGAUCCUGAGUACGACGAUGAAUGGAUAAAUUGGGACAGCAAGAGAAGCGUUCAGGAUGGUUCUAUCCUUGCGUUCAGCGACAGGAAACCCUCAAAUCUGGUGCCCAAGCACAAGGAGGAAGCUUCAACGGUGACACCAGCUGUUACGGUGAAAGCCAAGGAAGUCAAGGGAAAUGGCCAGAAGGAAGUGGUUCUACCGCGACCAGCAACUCCGGUCCACCAGCCAUUCACUGCGUCCGCCAUGAAGUUCCUGCAGCAGCAAGGAGAUGUGGCGGCCAAGGAGGAGCCGAAGGAUGCUGAGAAGCGCACCACUGGCAAAGGGAAGCAGUCGGUGUACGACACCAUCAAGCAUCUAAUCGCCAUGGAGCACAGUCUAGAAGAGAAUGCCCAGAAGGAGCAGCAACAGCUGAAUCGGUUGAAAAAGCGAUUUGUCACAAAUGAAGAAGGCCUCGUGCAACAGUUGGAUGGCCUAAAGAGAAUGGCAUCGUAAGGAAAUCAACCCCGAAGUACCCUCACCGACAGGUAACAGCCAUAUAUUUCCAUCUGCACAACCUAUCCUUAGUAUUAACUCAGAAAGCAGAUCACAACCCACAAAGAACGGAGAUCUUGUUUCCAAACCCUCUCUAGAUGACCAUCUAACAAUUUGUUCAACAUAUAGAGCAGAUCUUUUGACUUAAGACUGAUUAUUUUUAACAAAAAAAAAUAAAAAAAGAAACGAUGAGAAAAUUAAACAACUAAAAAGAAUUUAA